AAGUUAGAUCGAAAUGGUAAUCUCCUCAAUGGGGCUGCGUUGCAAUGAAUGUGGCGUUUUCCAGGGAGGUUUGGUAUCCUCAGAUUGUUUCUAAUUCCACAGAUAUUUGCUGCUGAUCGGACAUAAUCGGCAUUAAAAGAAAACCGAUACUCUUAAAAGUUUCCUAACUGGAACGGAAAAUGAAACAAAAAUGAAUAAAAGAUGCGUAAAUAUAAAUCCAUACUUUAACUUGAUUUUAUUAUCCAAGCGGUAAAUAUCAUUUAUGUUUUCGUGAUUUUCGCGACAUGUAAUUUUUACUUUAACUUAGUACCUGUACUUCUUGGUUGUCCAAACAAGUCCAUUCCCUAUUCCAGACCGGUUUCUGGCCCAACCCAAAAGAAUACAUGGAAAUAUUGGAUCCCUAAGAUACCCCUAAUUUUAUCUUUAAUUACUAUGUAGCCCAGAGUCCCCCUCGACCGGAGGGUUUUAGAAUUUAGCAAGUCCCUGUUGUUUCAGGAAAAUUAGUCAGCAAACUGUUGAAGCUAUGGGCAAAGCUUCCAGGGAUAAAAGGGAUAUUUACUAUCGGAAAGCAAAAGAAGAAGGCUGGCGUGCUCGAAGUGCCUUCAAGCUUCUUCAGAUAGACGAAGAAUUCAACAUUUUUGAAGGAGUAAAGCGCGUGGUGGAUUUGUGUGCUGCCCCCGGUAGCUGGAGUCAGGUCUUGAGUCGGACAUUAUAUCUUCCUGCGAAGCAGUCCCCUGACUCAAAGGAUGGUGAUCUUCCUCUUAUUGUUGCCAUUGAUUUGCAGCCAAUGGCUCCAAUUGAAGGUGUAAUUCAAGUGCAGGGUGAUAUAACUAAUGCCCGAACUGCUGAAGUGGUAAUUAGACAUUUUGAUGGCUGCAAGGCUGAUCUUGUUGUGUGUGAUGGUGCUCCUGAUGUUACUGGUCUUCAUGACAUGGAUGAAUUUGUUCAGUCCCAACUCAUACUUGCUGGUUUAACGAUUGUUACUCACGUACUUAAACAAGGUGGAAAAUUUAUUGCAAAAAUAUUUCGUGGAAAAGACACUAGUCUUCUGUAUUGCCAGCUGAAAUUAUUUUUCCCUGUAGUGACUUUUGCAAAACCAAAAAGCAGCAGAAACUCCAGCAUAGAGGCAUUUGCAGUUUGUGAGAAUUAUUCCCCUCCUGAAGGAUUUAAUCCAAAAGACUUACAUCGCCUCCUGGAGAAGGUGGGCAGUCCCUCAGGUGUAGAUGAUCUAGAUUGCAGUAGUGGAUGGUUAGAAGGGCCAAAUAAGGUUUAUAUCCCAUUUUUAGCUUGUGGGGACCUAAGUGGGUAUGACUCUGACCGUUCAUACCCACUACCGAAAGUUGCUGACGGAACUUACCAGAGCUUGGAUCCCGUCCAGCCACCUAUUGCCCCUCCCUAUAAGAGAGCUCUUGAAAUGAAGAAAGCUUCCAGUCAAGGUAUCCGAGACCUUGAAAAGCUUUCUUUGGAUUCUUGAUCAAAGCCGAAUAAGGUUUAUAUCCCAUUUUUAGCUUGCGGAGACCUAAGUACCGAAAGUUGCUGACGGAACUUACCAGGGCUUGGAUCCCGUCCAGCCACCUAUGGCCCAUCCCUAUAAGAGAGCUCUUGAAUGAAGGAAGCUUCCAGUCUAUGUAUCCGAGACCUUGAAAAGCUUUCUUCGGAUUCUUGAUCAAACUGUAACUUGCAUUAACUAGAUGGACAUAUAUUAAGAAAUGGAUAAAUCAUUGCAGUAUCAAGUUAUUAAUGGAGGAGGGACAAUGAUUACUGUUCUUGUUCUACACAUUAUAUUCUCUCUCUUUAUUUUUUCCAAGAAAACAAAGUGGAGUGCUCUCUAUCUCAUAAUGGGCUGUCUGUCCCUCGAACUAUCAGCCAUCCUAAUCCUUCCGUGGCAUCUUGUUCCAAACAAUGAUCAUUGUAGUUUGUAAAAGUAGAAUUAUGAUUCAAAGUUAAGAUUCCUGUUCAAAUUCUGUAAGAAUUCUUCAUUUUAUGAUACUCUGCUAGCAUUUAGAACUAUUUAAGAACCAGAUACAUAAAUCUU